AUGAAAACCACCCCAGAAACAUUAUCUCUACGCGACCACGUCUCUUUCUCUUAUUUGAACGCUUUUCAAAACAAAUUCCAAAGACUGAGAUUUAUACAAGCAAUCGAACAUUCAUUUUUAUAUGCAAGCGUUGACGUCUCUAUUCCUCCUUCACAUCUAUCUAUCUAUCUAUCUAUCUAUCUAUCUAUCUAUCUAUCUAUCUAUCUAUCUAUCUAUCUAUCUGUUGUAACAGAGGGUAUGCUGCAACACUAUAUAUCUCAAUCUGUUCAUUAUCUAUCUAUCUAUCUAUCUAUAUAUCUAUCUAUCUAUCUCAGUAUGUUCAUUAUCUAUCUAUCUAUCUAUCUAUCUAUCUAUCUCAGUCUGUUUAUAUCAAUCUAUCUGUCUAUCUCAGUAUGUUCAUUAUCUAUCUAUCUCAGUCUGUUCAUUAUCUAUCUAUCUAUCUAUCUAUCUAUCUAUCUAUCUAUCUAUCUAUCUCAGUAUGUUCAUUAUCUAUCUAUCUAUCUAUCUAUCUAUCUAUCUAUCUAUCUAUCUAUCUAUCUAUCUCAGUCUGUUCAUAUCUAUCUAUCUAUCUAUCUAUCAUUCAAGCUAACCAAUUUUCAUGUGGACUUCUGCAAAAAUAACAUGUGCUUUCUUUGCAUGCCGUCUGUUCGUUAUCUAUCUAUCUAUCUAUCUAUCCUUACGUGGCCGAUUCAUCUGUCGCCAUUAAACAAAUGCUCAGAUUCUUUUCUAGCGAUCUAUCUAUCUAUCUAUCUAUCUAUCUAUCUAAGUCUGUUCAGGGCUAUCUAUUUAUCUACUGAUCUUUUUUUUUUUUUAUCUCCGUUUGUUCAUAACCACCUAUCUCAUGAAAUUCAUAUCUAUCUAUCUAUCUAUCUAUCUAUCUAUCUAUCUAUAUAUAUGUUAGUAUACUCCAAUUUAACUGCCGAAUCUAUCUAUCUAUCUAUCUAUCUAUCUAUCUAUCUAUCUAUCUAUUUCAUAUACUCCAAUUUAACUGCCGAAUCUAUCUAUCUAUCUAUCUAUCUAUCUAUCUAUCUAUCUAUCUAUCUAUCUAUCUAUCUGUUAGUAUACUCCAAUUUAACUGCCGAAUCUAUCUAUCUAUCUAUCUAUCUAUCUAUCUAUAUGUUAGUAUACUCCAAUUUAACUGCCGAAUCUAUCUAUCUAUCUAUCUAUCUAUCUAUUUCAUGCCGAAUCUAUCUAUCUAUCUAUCUAUCUAUCUAUCUAUCUGAUUUGUUCCUUUUUUUCCUUCCUGUUUCUUUAGCGGCUAUGAUUAGUAGCCAAAAUGAUACAUUCGUCAGUACAAUUAUUUCCCCAAAAUGGAAAUUACUUAUGACCCAACCUAAUCUAUCUAUCUAUCUAUCUAUCUAUCUAUCUAUCUUAGUUUCUUUAUCUCAGUCUGUUCAUUAUCUCUCUCUCUUUCUAUAUAUCUAUCUCAUAUUUAUCUUUUGUUGA